UUUCACGAUUCCAAACCCACCUUUUCGGGAACCCCUGGAUAAUUAUGCAGAGUCGAGAAUCACUCGAGAACUAACAAGACCAACACCCAACCCAUUUGGUUUGAGAAAGACCUUCUGACAGGAUGCCUGGCUCAUCCCUCUGGCUUCUGCCUCCCGAGAAUCACCCCCUCAAUCCGGUCCUGCGGACCCUCAUCACCAGCACCCUCCCGUCCGCCUUCCCCCGCGAGGCCGCCUCCUCGCCCCGCGUCGUCCCGCACUUCUUCCCCGCCCACGUCACGCUCACGAGCGGCAUCUCCCCGGACGCCUACGGCGACGAUCCCCAGGGCUGGCUCGACCGCAUCCCCUUUCCGAAGAAGGGAAGAGGGGGAGAUGAUGAAGAAGAAGAAGGAAACAGUGGAGGUAGUAGUAGCCGGGCCAAGGUCCGGUUCGAGAGGGUCGUCAGCCAGGACGUGUUCUACCGCCGCUGUUUCAUCAGGGUCGCGUUUGAUGGGGUGAAGGAGAUCGCCGGGGUCGCCAGAGCGGCCGCAGUACUAGGGGAAGGGCUGGAGGUGGACGCAGAGGGAAACGUCAAAUUCGGCGGGGAGACGGAGAAGUGGCUGAGCUGGUGGAGGGAAGAGUUUGGGCCGCACCUCAGUCUGAUCUACGGUAACGAGCCGAUCCUAGAUGGCGCGCUGCGAGAAAUCACCAGGGUGGUGCAGCAGGCAGGAAUCAAGUUGUCUGACGAAACUGAGAACGGUGCGAAAGAGGGCGACGCUCUGGACGGUUGGGACGGCGGCGUGAUCUGGCUGGUCCCGACUGACAAACCCAUUUCGGAGUGGGGGAAGCCCAUAGCGACAAGGAAGAUUUGAGGAAAAUAUUUAGGAGCGGUCAGGGUCGAUUUGAACGUCACAAGUCCCGGUCCUCGUCUCCAUGCUUGACCGC